AUGCCUCGCAACGGAAAUGAAUUUUCACGUCCUCCCUCAGUAACGCGGCAACACCGACUAUCACACCAGUUUCAUCGGAAUGCUUGGCUAGCACCUCUGCCUGAUACUAUCUAUGCAGGAGUUUCAGGCUUCUUCUCCGACGACCAUACCUCGACGAUCGCGAUCGCAAUCCGAGACCCUACAUACCUGCUGGAUUUCAUUCAGACGACCAUCAAAUCCGAUUCCGAUGGCAAGCUAGCGACCGACUUCAUCAUUUCCCAAUUGAAGCAAUACGCCGAAACCCACUUGGAGAAGAUCAUGGGGCUAGCUAUGCCCCGGCAUGUCGCAACCUUUUGCAAAUUCCUCUGUUCCCGAGUCUGGGCUGAUAUCGAUGUGAUUCCUCUCGUUCUGCCAGAAUGUAAAUUGGGGAAUGGUUUCACACUUUGCCAGCCAGACACUACACAUGCAUGGGAUUGCAAGAACCUCGAUGAACAAGCGGAGUCCAUGUCGCGAAAAUCUGUUAGGUUGUUUGGUCCGGAAAACAUCCCCUUACUGCAGGUCGGUUUAAAUGGCCUCGUGGAAGUCGACACAGCCUUCCACGUGCAAUUGACGAAUCUGAAUGACUUCCAAAAAACCGUCUCCGAGAGGACCUGGUCUGCGGUACUACAUUAUGCGGCUGACCUCAAGGAACGCAAUGUGAAAAUUGCUUUUUUCAGCGCGACUCCGCAAGGUGGAGGUGUAGCUUUAAUGAGACAUGCCCUCGUACGAUUUUCACAUUCCCUGGGCACGGACAUCAAAUGGUACGUUCCGAAGCCACGACCAGGUGUGUUUCGAGUAACGAAGAAUAAUCACAAUAUUCUCCAAGGCAUCGCUCGCCCGGAAGAGCGACUGACCUCAGCGAAUAAGCAAUUGCUAGAGGAUUGGAUUCAGGAAAACGCCAAGCGAUAUUGGACCUGUUCUGGGGGUCCUCUUUGCCCACCCUCGCAGGGAGGCGCAGAUGUCCUGAUCGUAGAUGACCCUCAGAUGCCGGGACUAAUCCCGCUAGCCAAAGAAGCAGCUCCGGACCGGCCGAUCAUUUUUCGAAGCCACAUUCAGAUUCGAAGUGACUUGGUCGAGGAGGCCGGGACGCCUCAGGCCGAAUGCUGGGAUUUCGUAUGGAAUCAUGCCAAGUUAUCCGAUUGCUUCAUCAGCCAUCCAGUAAGUGAUUUCGUACCACAGGAUGUGCCGCCGGAGAUAGUGGGGUAUAUGCCAGCUUCAACCGAUUGGCUAGAUGGGUUGAACAAGAAUAUGCGAGAUUGGGACGUGGCACAUUACGGUCGUAUCUUUAAUGCUGCAUGCAAGAACGCGGAUAUGACCACGAUCCAAUACCCAGAAGAUCAGUACAUCGUGCAGAUAGCGCGAUUCGACCCAUCCAAGGGUAUAUUUGAUGUGUUAGACUCAUAUGAAAAAUUCCACGACCGACUGACUCGUGAACGGCCUCAUAUGACUCCCCCGAAGCUGCUGAUCGGCGGACAUGGCUCAGUGGAUGACCCGGAUGGGGCAAUUAUCUACGAUGAAGUGAUGUAUCAUAUCGCACACGGCAUCCCGCACCUACGAAAUCAGAUUUGCGUCAUGCGGCUGAGGCCAAUGGAUCAGGUUUUGAACGCGCUCAUGUCCAAGGCAACCGUCGCAUUGCAGCUGUCGACGCGAGAAGGAUUCGAAGUAAAGGUUUCAGAAGCUAUCCACAAGGGCAAGCCUGUGAUUGCUACGCGCGCUGGGGGCAUUCCACUACAGAUUUCCCACGGCCAGAACGGGUUUCUCGUGGAUGUCGGUGAUUCCGAUGCGGUUGCACGUCAUCUAUUUGACUUGUGGACGGACAAGGCCCUCUACCACCGUAUGUCAAAAUAUGCCCUCAGCCACGUCUGCGAUGAGGUGAGUACAGUGGGGAAUGCACUCAAUUGGUUGUAUCUCGCAUCGAAGUUGUCCAAGGGUCAGCCUGUGCAACCUCAUGGUCGCUGGAUCAACGAUCUAGCCUUUGAGGAGCUCGGAGUGCCCGUUACGAGGGUGCGCCACGGCUAA